GGAAAGGAGUGUACAGGGAUCCUCAAUGUACAGGCCGCAGUAGUGCUACCGUUGGAAAAUUAACUAUAAAAAAAUACGACACAUUCAAGGAGAUCCGAAACUCGUAAACGUUUGGAAGGCUGUCGCGGAGUAGACACUUGCCACCCAGAUGCCAGAUUCACAGAUUUGCUUAAUAUUUGUGACAAUUUUUCCUGAAAUACACAGUCAUCAAAUGUGAAGCAUUGUGGAAAAUCGCGGAUAAUGGAUCAAGGUGGCGGGAUCCUGGAGCUUCACAAGGAGUUGAAAAUGGCCCAUACAAUGAUAAUGCCAGAUUUCGUUGCAGGGAUGGGAGGCAUGGCCCAUAUUGAUGGAGAGCACAUUGUGGUGUCAGUGCCAGAGGCUGUGUUGGUCUCAGAUGUGGUGAUGGAUGAAGGGAUUAUGUUGGAGACCAGUCUGGAGGCUGAGGUGGUGGAAGGGCCUGACAUCUGCCAAGAAGACGUCAUCACUACUGAGGGAGUGAUCAUGUCUGAGUCUAUCCUAGAAGCAGAGGUGGCCAUCGAGGAAGCUCUGGACGACACAUCUGAACUGAUCGAAGAAACUGUGCCUGAUCAGGUGUUUGUGGCUGACCUCAUGUCACCUCAUGAGGAGAACACGCUGGACCAUGAACUGGUGUCUGCAGGAGUCAUGGUGACAGACACGGAGACGGUCAUCCAAUCACAUGACGCAAUGCCUUCUGAUGUCACUGUUAAGGGUGAUGAUGACGAGGAUGCGAAGAGCACCUCAGAAGACUACCUCAUGAUUUCCUUGGAUGAGGUUGGGGAGAAGCUAGACAUUGGAGACACGCCCUUAAAAAUCAGCACAGAUGUGAGUCAGGAUGACGAUGGGUCGAAGGAGGAUGAGUUCAGCUCGGAGGUCAUUAAAGUUUACAUCUUUAAAGCAGAUGGAGAUGAAGAUGUGGAAAUAGGCAGCACAGAGGUUGUAGCAGAGACUGAUUUUCCCAACGGGCAUGCCGUGCUGGAAACAUCGGGCACAGGCAGACUACCCAGAGAGAAGCUGCUCUACAUGGCUGUGAAGGAUGCCAGCCAGGUCGAAGAGGACAUCAACUGUUCAGAGAUGACAGAUCAGGUGUACAUGGAGGUGAUUGUUGGGGAGGAAGAGGCUUCUGCCAUCCAGGAAGCUCAACUGGAGGACUCGCCAGUGAACAAGACCUUCGUCCCGGCGGCCUGGGCAGCUGCCAUUGGUAGCAGUCUAGAGAGUAAGAACUGUGCCGCCACUCCCUAUCUGCAGAUCACUGACAGCAUCAGUUCCAGCCGAUCUCUCAAGCAGAAGAUCAAGAAGAAGAGGAGGGGAGAGUCACGCCAGUGCCAGACAGCAGACUUAACAACAGAUGAGUCAGCAGCACCCCAGUCUCCCCAUAACUGCACCCCUCCCUGUCCCUGUGAAGAAGCUGUAAUCAUCGGUCCUGAUGGGCAGCCCCUGACUGUCUACCCCUGUCACAUCUGCGGCAAGAAGUUCAAGUCACGGAGUUUCCUGAAACGCCACAUGAAAAACCACCCCGAUCACAUGUUAAAGAAAAAGUACCAGUGCACCGACUGCGACUUCACCACCAACAAGAAGGUGAGUUUUCACAACCACCUGGAAAGCCACAAGCUCAUCAUCAAGAACGAGAAGAUCCCGGAGUACACAGAGUAUACUCGCCACUACCACGAGGCCAGCCCUCUCAGCUCCAACAAACUCAUCUUGCGCGACAAGGAGCCCAAGCUGCACAAGUGUAAGUAUUGCGAGUACGAGACCGCUGAACAGGGUCUCCUGAGUCGCCACCUGUUGGCUGUGCACAGCAAGAAUUUUGCGCACGUGUGCGUGGAGUGUGCCAAGGGUUUUCGCCACCCCUCGGAGCUCAAGAAGCACAUGAGGACCCACACGGGCGAGAAGCCCUACAAUUGUCAGCACUGCGAUUUCCGCUGUGCCGAUCAGUCCAACUUAAAGACUCAUAUAAAAAGCAAACAUGGGACCGACCUGCCCUUUAAGUGCGGACACUGCCCGCAGGCGUUUGCCGACGAUAAGGAACUCCAAAGGCACACAGAGAUCUUUCAGGGUCACAAGACCCACCAGUGUCCGCACUGCGAACACAAGAGCACCAAUUCCAGUGACUUGAAGCGGCACGUCAUUUCGGUGCACACAAAGGAUUUCCCGCACAAGUGCGACGUGUGCGAGAAGGGCUUCCACAGGCCCUCUGAACUGAAAAAACAUGCUGAAACGCACAAGGGAACUAAAGUACACCAGUGCCGGCACUGCGAUUUUAAAAUAUCGGACCCCUUCACGCUUAGCCGCCACAUUCUGUCUGUUCACACCAAGGACUUGCCGUUUAAAUGCAAGCGUUGCAUGCGCGGCUUUAGGCAACAGAACGAACUUAAAAAGCACAUGAAGACACACAGCGGUCGCAAGGUAUAUCAAUGCCAAUAUUGCGAGUACAACACUACGGACGCUUCAGGUUUCAAACGGCAUGUCAUAUCCAUCCACACUAAAGACUAUCCGCACAGGUGUGACUAUUGCAAGAAGGGUUUCAGGCGACCGUCGGAAAAGAACCAACAUAUCUUGCGACAUCACAAAGAAACCUUAAUGUAAUGCUCUUUCACUCCAAAACAAGAGCCUAUGUUAUACUCAACAUCUACACUUGUCGUUUAGAUGGCUAAACUGUCUUGUUAUUUAAGGUUUUGGUUAUAUGUAAAGAAGCGUAACUUAAACUGAGAUGGGAAUGAGUGGUUAAUCGUAUGGUAUUGGUAAAAACCGCUUACAGUCUCUGCAAAGGAAAUCACUCGUUCAGGGUUUCAAAUGUCUAUAUUUUUAUACCCACUUUGCUUAAAUGCUGCAAGCAAAUCGUGUCCUCUAAUACUGAAGGAAUAGUUCACCUAAAAUAUUUAAUUCUGUCAUUUACUCAUUUGUUGUUCCAAACCCGAAUGGCGUUGUUUUUUCCCUGGAACACUUUUUUUUCUUCUUUUUUUUUUUUUGCAUAUUUUUUCUGUACAUUGAAAGUGAAUGGUGACUAAGGCUAACAUUCUGCUUAACGUUUAAUUUUGCAUUCCAUGGAAGACCACAAGCAGCUUUGGAGCAACUUGAGUAAAUGACUCAAUUGUCAUUUUUUGGGUGAACUGCCCCUUUUUAAGACUGGUAAGAGCAUCAUCAUCAUUGGGGAAAGAUGCUCAGUCAAACAUCAGUUUGGUGUAGACUCCUCAUUAAAUGUAUUUUACCAACUAGUAUGUCCAGGUUUUACUGUACCGUUACCGUUUUACAGCCAGUCAUGUUAAUUUAAGCAACUUAAAUAUGCGAUUCAAACUAGUGCAUUUUACCACAUUUACAUAGCAUUCUCUGAAUUCCUGGUAUCUUGAGUGCUCAUUCUAGCUCGUCAGAUGAACCUAGUAUGUUUGAUACGAAUCAAAGUUUUGUUGUUAACUUUGUGAAUACCACUAUGUAUUGCAAAAUCAAACAAUAACACAUGGCAAACAUGCACAUACUGCCAAUAUAUUUCAGAUCUCUCUAGUCAUGCCUUAAAUGCAAUGUAUUUUCUUGCACUGAAUUAAGUAAAUAUGAGACGAUUGUGAAUAAUUUUUUAACAAGUUUCAAUAAUGCUACGAUAGAUGUAUACUGUACAUUAACAAAUGCAAAUCAGUCAUAGUACCUGUUUUGCUUUUAUAAUGUCACUUCUGCGUUAUUUAUUUAUUAGCAGGUGGGCAGACAUGCGCACAGCAAUCCUUAACCAGAACCCCCCCCCCCCUACAAGUAUUUGUGAAUAAAAGACCUCAGCGAUUUAAAAGAGGCAUGCCUUGAUAUCUAGCACUAUCAAUUGCCAUAGCUAUUGAUGUCUAAUACUACUGUAGUUAACAACAGUACCCAAAACUAAAUUGCAACAAAUCGUACAUGGAUUUGAUUGAUGUUAAGAGCUACGAUGGACUGUAAUAUCUAACUGUUCUUAUUGUCUGACAUCCCGAUGUAAUAGUCACUCUAAUGUUGUCAUUUGUAAAAACGUUCAUUAAAAGCACUGUCUCAAGACGAUAAAAGGUUGUCAUGUUUUAAGACAUUACUUUAAAAUGUUACGCUUCUGGUAGCGACGAAAUACCACUUUUCUGUCUUCUGGAUAAAAAGAAAUUGUUAAAUUUAGGCGUAAAUGGAUUACAUAAGUUGCUUUUGCUAUAUACACAUUUUGAUUCGCAAUUAAAUCGGCUGUAUUAAAUUAGAGGCAAUAACCUUAGACUGUGUAGAUGCCAUGAUUGAUGCAAAUAAAAAAGUGAGACUGCGAGGGAUAUAUGUACUCGUAUAUAUGUCGGGAUGUACAAAAAUUUCUAAAAAAAUUCCAGUGGACAGAAAAUUGUAAAACCAUGUGUUUUUUAAAAUUAUACGUGAACUAAGACCUUAAAGGUACAGUUCAUCCAAAGUGCUAAUUUUGUCAUCGUUUACUCACUGUUGUUGUUUCAUACCUGUAUUAUUUUCUACAGUGCAACAGAAAAGGCGAUGUUAGGUCGAUUUUUGUCUUAAGUCACCAUUCACUUUUAUUGCCAUACAAUGAAAGUGAAUGGCGACUGAGGCUGUAAAUCCCUAAUAAUCUGCCUAACAACUUCUUGUGUUCAAUGGAAGAUAGAAAGUCAUUCAGGUUUGAAACAACAUAAAAUGAUUAGAAACUUUCAUUUUCAAAUUAAUUAUAGUGUGUGCCCUGACUAAGGUACAUAAAACAAAAUGUGUUCAAUUGAUCAAGUACUCACACUGGCAAAGAUUUUCGAUCACUAGGCACCUUAUUUAUCAAUGCAUUUACAUGAUGUUUGUGGCUUUUUGAAUGAACCCAAGCAUUGUUCGAAACACAUCUGCAAGCUAUUGUUUGGUUUGCACCAGUGGCAAUAUGUAUGCGAUCUAGAUGUUGCUGUGCAGUUGUGAUUGGAAACCACAUUUUUUCAUGUGAAAUUAAAUGCAUGCACUUCAAGUAUUUUCUUUUUUGGUGUUGGUGACAGAUGGACUACUGGUGAGGAGGAAUCCAAAUAAAUAUGUCUUUCAAAAACCAUUUUUUGCACUCAGGUAUUUCCUUGACGUUUAUCAAAUAGCACUUUUCAAAUGUAAGAUUAUUAAGUCGGUCUUAAUGAAUAAACAAACAAAGAAUUCACUCAUAUGUAUUGCAUAAUGUUAUUACAGUAAAUAAUUGAAUUUUUAUUUUGUUUCUUUUUUCACACUCUGACUGUGCGCUUUUAGUUCAAAAUCCACAUGAAAACCAAAAAGCGUUGAAGCCAAUAUUUUAUUUUUUUAUUGUUGGCAUAGUUACUGUAGUUUUGCCUUUUGUAGAUCAUUAUGAAUGGCAGAACUACACCCCAUGAAUACUUUUUUUUUUUUACAUUUGCACAAAAUAAACUUAAUUUCCAUUAAAAGUUAGUGCUUGUGUGUGUGUGUGUGUGUG